UCUCUCUCUCUCUCUCUCUCUCAGGCUUUUUCCCUUCUCUGUCCAGGGAGUUAUUUUCCGAAAUGACCCUUCCCUGUUCGUUAGCCCAUCGUCUUCUUCUUCCUCUUUUCCUCCUCCUCCUCCGCCUGCUUCUGGUCUCGCUUCAAUGGCGAACGUCUUCUCCGGCUAUCAUAAUGAGCUUGAAGAACCAGCGCACCACUCACCACAGCCGAGCCCCCACGCUCCGGGCCAACCAGACCACGUGCCCGAUCUUCUCCGGCGCAUGGGUCCGCGACGACUCGCUCCCGCUCUACCAAUACACCUGCCCAUUCAUCGACCCGGAGUUCAACUGCCAGAUGUACGGCCGGCCCGACUCGGGCUAUCUCAAGUACCGGUGGAAGCCUCUCAACUGUGAGCUGCCUAGGUUCAGCGGGGUUGAGUUCUUGGAGAGAAUGAAAGGGAAGAGUGUGAUGUUUGUGGGCGACUCGCUGGGCAAGAAUCAAUGGGAGUCUUUGGUCUGUCUGAUCCAUGCCGAUGCUCCCCAGACGUCCACGCAGAUGGCCAGAGGUGAUCCUCUCUCUACUCUCAAGUUCUUGGACUAUGGCGUGACCAUAUCGUUCUACAAAGCCCGGUACUUAGUGGACAUAGACGUGGUGCAAGGGCGGAGAGUUCUACGGCUCGACGACAUCUCCGGCAACGGCAACGCCUGGCGGGAGGCGGAUGUGUUGUCGUUCAACACGGGUCACUGGUGGAGCCAUACAGGAUCUCUCCAAGAGUGGGAUGUCAUGGAAUCAGGGGGAACGUACUACCAAGACAUGGAUCGUGGGGUGGCCAUGGAGAGAGCGCUUCGAACAUGGGCCAAGUGGGUUGAUGCCAAUGUCGACCGCACUCGAACCAGCCUCUUCUUUCUCGCCAUCUCCCCCACUCACUACAACCCGGCUGAAUGGAGCGCUGGAGCAACAGCCAUCACAACCACCAAAAACUGUUAUGGCGAGACAGUGCCUAUGAGCGGAACUGCAUAUCCAGGUGAAUACCUAGAGCAGAUGAGAGUCAUAGAUGAAGUACUUAAAGACAUGCAUAACCCUGCAUAUCUUCUCGACAUAACAAUGCUCUCGGCUUUGCGAAAAGAUGGACACCCUUCUAUCUACAGCGGCGAACUGAGUCAAGCGCAAAGGGCUCACCCCGAUCGUUAUGCUGAUUGCAGCCAUUGGUGCCUUCCCGGCUUGCCUGAUACUUGGAACCAACUUUUUUAUACGGCUUUGUUUUACUAAUUUUUCUGUUGUUAUGAUGUCCACUAAUUGGCAAUUGUAACAAUUUACUUCUCUCUGCCUCUGCCUACAAUUCUAUGGGGGAGUGCGAAGAUGAAAAUGUCUCCUUUGUCAUGUAAAGAAGGCUAAGAGCUUAUAUUGUUUUAGCUGUUUUUGCUGAGAA